ACUGGCUGUUUUUUGUUAUUUAUUUGCGUUUAUGUUUAUUAUCAUCAAAUUGAUGAUAAUAUGAUUACAUAACACAUACUAAAUGAGUAGUAGUAGUUGAUUAAUUAGCAAAAAUUAAAAUAAUAAUAAAAAACACAAAGAUUGAUUUAUUUUUCUUCACGUGAAAUUCGAUUUGGCUGUGAUAAAAAAAAAUCUUGAAAACUUUUUGGUGGCAAACAAUCAGAAAAACAAAAACGAUGGAUACCGACAACAACGACGAAGAUAAUGAUGUUUAUAAACGUGCAUUAGAAAGUAUCAAACAAAUUGAAAAUGAAAUUCUUUUCAUGUUGGAUCAAUCGAAUCUUAAUACUGAUGAUGAUGAUGAUAAUAAUUUAAAACAACGUUUGGCUAAUGCAAAUCUUAAUUCAUAUUGUGAUAUUUUAUUGGAAAAAGUUAAUAAUGAAAUUUUAUGGACCAAUAAUUUACUGGAACAUCAACAUAAUGAUGAUCUUACCAUAAAAACAAACAUUGAAAAUAAUAACAGUAUUAACAAAUCAACAGAACAAUUUCCAUCCAAAACCCAAACAACGACCAAAACGAUAAUUGAACAACAACAAAGAUCUCAAAUUUUGAAUGAACAAAAUAUUAAUCUUAAUGGUGGUACCAUACCAUCUACGUUGAAACAUUCCAUUAUCAAUAAUGAUCAAAUCGUAACGAAUGGUGGUAACCAGAACAAACAAAACUCUGAACAACAACAACAACAUUAUCAUCGAAAUGAUGAUCAUCAACAAAUCUUCAAUAAUAAUAAUAAUAAUGAUAAAUUUAAUUGGAUUUCGGAUAAAAAACAUUCAUUUAUUAAUGGAUCAUCAUCAUCAACAUCAACAUCACGAUCAUCAUCAACAUCUAGCCAUGGACAAAUUGUAAAUAAUAAUAAUAAUAAUUUGGAUAAACAUCGUUAUAGUUUUUAUGAUAAUUCAGAAAAAUUACCUGUUUAUCUUGUACAUUCAUCCGAAUUGGAUGAAUUAAUAUCGAAUCAUUCACCAACGUCAACAACAAAUGAAUUACCUGUAAUGAAUGAUUUUAUUCAAUUACAAUUACAAAAUAAUGGUCGAAUUCUACCGGAUUCAAUUGAAAAUGCAAUAAUUUAUCUGCUAAAAUUCGGUAGAAAUUCUUUAGGAAUAUUUCGAAAAUCUGGUGUUAAAUCACGUAUUCAAAUUCUAAGGGAAAAAAUUCAACAACAAGAAAUAAAUUUCGAAAUAACUGGUGAAUCUGUUUAUGAUGUUGCUGAUUUAUUGAAACAAUGGUUAAGAGAUUUACGACCACAUUUAUUAACAAAUGAAUUAAUAGAUAUGUUUAUAAUGGCUAAAAAAUCUAAAAAUAAUCAUCAAUUUGAAUUUUAUCUAUGGCAUCUGGAUGAUUGUCAUCGUUAUUUAUUAUUCAUAAUACUUAAAUUUUUAUCAUUAAUUGCGGCAAAUUCUUCAACAAAUCAAAUGACAAUACAAAAUCUGGCCAUAUGUUUUGCACCAUCCUUGUGUAAUGGUGAAAAUGAAAAACAAAUUAAUCGUGGACAAAAAUGUUUACAAUAUUGUAUUGAAAAUUAUGAAUCAUUAUUUUAUUUGAAUAUUAUCAAUGGUAAACGAUAUCAACGACAAUUAUCAUCAACAACAACAACAUCUUCGACAACUUCGACCACAUCGAAAACAACAUUGAAUCAUGAACAUACAUCGGUUAUUAUUAUCAAUGCUAGUCCCGAUGAUAUUCUUGCACGUUUAUUAUAUGAAAGAAAUAUGAUUGAUAAACUUAUAUCACGUUGGACAAUUGUUGAUCACGAUCCAGAACAAAAUAGUGAUCAUUUUGAAUUUGAUUUGCAAUUUAGUUGUCUGUUACCGACAAAAACAUUUAAUUUAAAACGUAAAUGGUCAAAUUCAAUUGAACAACCUGGUGGUUUUAGACUUUUGGAACAAGGUGAUUCAAUACAAUCCAAUUGGAUUAUGGUACCAAACGGAAAAGGACAAACAUUAGUUAAACAUGAUAUUUCAAUGGAAUUACGUGGUCUAUCAUCGAAAUGGUAUCGUCAUAUUUUUCCUACUAUACAUGAUCAACAACUUAAACGUUUAGCAUCAUCAUUUACGAUAAUUCCUAUGAAUGGAACACGUAUUUCGGAAGUUUAAUUAAUUAAUCAAUCAAUCAAUUUUUUUACUAAAUCAUUUCUUCAGGCAAACUUGGAAGCAAUAUUAAUUGAUCUAAUCAUCGUCAACAACAAUUUUUUUUUUAAAUCAAAAAUCAUCAUUCAAAGAUCAC